AGAACUCAUGUAAACCUUGGAUGUCAGUCACUGUCAGCAUGUCUCUUGUCUGGCUAAAGCUCGUAACCAUCCUCUGUCUCUCCUGCACAUCCCUGAAGGCCAGAGAGGGCAGCAAUGUGGUGUGGAAAGAUUAUGGAAGUUCCAUCACUAUCCAGUGCCGGUCUCAUCAAACAAACCUAGCGUGCCUAAGCGUGAAGAAGGGUCUCCUGAGUGAGGAGGAGAUAUUUUAUCAAAUGGGGCGGUCACCCCCUAUCAUUUCAGACAAAAUUAAGGACAGAGUUCAGCUAAAUGGAGCAUUCCCCAAUGUGGACAUUCUCAUCAAAAACCUGACCGUUGAAGACACAGGCCCAUACUGGUGUUCAUACGUGGAGAUGGGUGGGAAGUCCAGUGAUUUAUUAAACGUUAAAAGCAAGGGGUCUGUGCUGCUGGUGGUGAAAGAAAAACCCACUCCAACUACAGACCCAAGCAAGACAUGUAACUCAUCAAACAACAAUCUGGUCCUGGUGUCCGUUGUGAUCUCUGCCGCUGUGCUGGCCGGCAUCAUCAUGGUCACCCUCGUAUGGGUCAUCAUCAAGACCAGGAGUUUGCGCACUGCAGUAAAACCAAGACGUGUCACCACCAAUGAUGUUUAUGAGGACAUGCGUGGAACACUCAGGCGCUGAAAAGAUCAGUCUGCAAGAAACCCACGAACCUGAAACCCCAUGAACUCUGUACCACUGAGGUACGAGCGAUGCAUAUGAAGCAAUGUUGCAACUCAGCAUGUUUUCCAACAAACACUGAGCUCUCACCAGGCUGAGUGAAUGUCAGAGAAAGUCAAGGCAAUAGGGUGCAAGAACUGUAAAAUGGUACAAGAGACUGUUGUAUUAACUCUGAAAAUUAUAUACAGAUAGUUUGGGAGCAAUGUAUCAAAUUACAUAACUCACAUCGUCGUUUCUCUUGUUUUUUAGUAGCAAUAUAAACUGAACUGUACAUUAAGCUGGAAUGUCCUUUGACUCACCUUAUUUUUAACCUAAAUAUUUCUUCUGUAUUUUUCUGUAAUUAUUGUACAUGUUUUGUAAUUUGUUAUGACCAUGAAUAAAGUGU